AUGAAAACGAUUAGGUUUGGCACUGCCAUCUGGGAUUGUGAUGAACCCAUUUAUUCUGGAGGACUAUUCCUCCUAGCUCUUGCCCUUGCGGACAAUGUUCUCUACGGAUUUUCAUCUCCCGAAGAAGUCUUCGAGCAAAGAAUUCCGGAGGGACAGGAUGAACUAUUUCUUAGAUGGAAUGAAGACGCCAAAAAUCGAUGCACUGUCAGAAAAGUCACAGCAGCAGGGGUUACCGAUUUUCGGAAGAUCCUUGCAGAUGCUUGUUACUUUGUAACUGCCACAGUUCACGCGAUGCGGCGAGCCCUAGGAGCAGCUGUUAAAGGCAAAUACUUAUCGGCUCACGUAGCGCAGAUCCUUACACAGAAGUCCAAGACUGUCUACGGAAACGACUAUCUCGCUAACUGUUCUGGUGUGGACGUGUUCAAUGCUCUGGUGGGUAAACCAGCCGAUAAUACUCACAUUGACUAUUUUCAGGGAUACAAGGAACAUAAGAUUGAUGCGGAUCCGCAGCUGGUCACCAAAGCCACGGAAAUCCGCAAUGCAGAGUCUGACGACGAUAUCAAGCGCCUGAAGUGUGAUUACAAUAUCCUAAAAAGAAAGAUUUAUGCUAGCAUGUAUCAGCAGUUCCAAAGUGAAUGGGUCCAGAACCAGCGUGAUUGGAAAAUAUUGACCAGAGGCCGAGAACGCCCCGAUUUCGUUGAGCAAACUGCAGAAAACCAGGCUCAAUGCAAAGUCAUGCCCGAAUUAGGUCAUCUGGCGGCUAUCAUGUCCUGUUGUGAGGAUCUAUACACUCAGUGUCUCCGUGACUUUGACGUGGUUUACCGUCCGGGAGAGGAGCCAGUCGAAGGCCUAUGUCCGGUGGCUAGUUGUAGCCAUUCACUGGAGAUGUAA